UGACGUUACGGGUAAACAGGGCCGGUAGCCGUGGCAGCGGCUGAGGCCGGCGGGCGAGGCACCGACUGCCGCUGACCCGGGAGAGAAGCGGCCUGCCGGAAUCAGCCCGGGCGGUAGCGCGCCGCCGCUACGGGGUUGGCAGCUAUGGCCAAGGACAUCCUGGGUGAAGCAGGGCUGCAUUUUGAUGAGCUGAACAAGCUGCGCGUGUUGGACCCUGAGGUUCCCCAGCAGACCACAGAGCUCAAGGAAGAGUGCAAGGAUUUUGUGGACAAAAUUGGCCAGUUUCAGAAAAUAGUUGGUGGUUUAAUUGAGCUUGUUGACCAACUUGCAAAAGAAGCAGAAAAUGAGAAGAUGAAGGCCAUUGGUGCUCGGAACUUGCUCAAAUCUAUAGCAAAACAGAGAGAAGCCCAACAGCAGCAACUCCAAGCACUAAUAGCAGAAAAGAAGAUGCAGCUUGAAAGGUAUCGGGUUGAAUAUGAAGCUUUGUGUAAAGUAGAAGCAGAACAAAAUGAAUUUAUUGACCAAUUUAUUUUUCAGAAAUGAACUGAAAAUUUCAUUUUAUAGAAGGGCAAAAAAAAUAAGACCCCAAAAAACCUCUGUACUGUUCCUGUGACUUGUCUAAUGGCCCACGUAUAUCCUGAGAGAUGGUGUGUAACGAACGCAGCAUCUCUGAAGGCAGGAAACAAAUCUGGGGAGCUUGUUGCAGAUGUCCGUGCGCAGCUGCUGGUGAACACCUGUGGCCACGGGGGUCCAGGCUCUCAGCUCUUGGCAUUCUUAGCCUGAACGGAGC